AUGCGUGUCAUGCAAUCCGAUCUGGCGAUUCUCAACGCCACCCAGUACGAGGAUGGAUAUGGGUUCCAGCAAGGCCGUGCUGGGAAAGUCACAAUGAAGACUCCACCAUCUGAUCGUAAUGGAGUCGACACCAAAAAGAGACCAAGGACCACAACUAUAGAUGAACCAACACAAGGCGACCCGGAAGACGAAAGGAAGAGGGCCAGGGGUCGGCCACGAUUAGAUCCCACGGAUCAAACACCACAGGACAGAAGGCGGACACAAAUUCGACUCGCCCAGAGGGCCUAUCGCAACAGAAAGGAGAGCGCUAUUACUACUCUUGAAAAAGAAGUUGACGGCCUCAAACAGGCCAAUCAGCAGAUAAGCCUAGCUUAUCGUGACCUACUCCAACAUGCUAUGCAAAAGGGUUUGCUCGAGGAAGAUCCGGAGUUUGGUCAACGGCUCAUGGCUAUCGACGCGCUUACUAAAGCAUCAGCAGAGCGCACUGGCAAGGAGGAUGAAGCCGACUCAUCAGAUAGUGCCGCAGGGUCGAGUGGACCUCGAAGCAUAGCUAGCAAGUCGCCAACAAGCAGUCUAAAUCCUGCAACCCUCCAGCAGCGCCAGCAGCAGCCCCAACAGCUCUGGGGUGGCAUUAUAGUCAGUCACGAGGCGCCGACCUUACCACCGCAGCAUCUAAACCAUGCCGUGCCGAACAUGCCUAUACCUACUGGCGCAUCCAACUCGGUGUAUGAAGUUCUCGCACAGCCCAAUUCGCACAACGCGAGUUUCCCUCAAAGCAUGCCGUAUAACCAACCAAGCGUCUUCUCUCAAAGUGCUUGGAACACAGCACAUUCUCCCUGGAACCCGCUCUCGAGCCCUAACACUUAUGCUUGGAACGAGCUGAGUUUCGGCCGGCGGCUACAUCGAAGUGCUAUACAGUGCGCAGCAAUGCUAAUUACAAUGUCAAACCCACCCCCCGACAAAAUGAUGCGGGUCUUCGGGUUUUCGCGAUUAUUCGAGACCUACGAACAGAUUAGGGAGCGCACUCUUGCGUCCGCCGGACUAUCUAUCAAUGAUGAUCUGUCACAUUGGAAAUACCCAAUCCACAGUUUCGGAGGGGCAGGGACACAUUUCCCGGAGAUGCCCUCUCAAAUGCCAUCAUUACGGACAAGCAGUAAAGGAUCGCCACCGGGUCAAGUAAGUCCAAAACCACGACUAGCAAGACCAGUAAACCCGUUCCCGCAUGGUCCGGUGGACCAACGUACGGGCAAGCUACGUGAGUCUUUGAUUAAGUUGGGUGGUAGAAUCGACAUUCCUGGGUUCGAUGGUAUUUUCUGGGACCCUGACGAAGUGGAAUUUUAUCUCUUGUCAAACGGUGUGAACAUUCCCCCACUUUGUGAUCACUGGGUCGUUGAGCUAGAAGACGGCACGUUCGCAGGACCUCCAGCAGGUAAUCCCUCUCAAGCACAAACCCAGUCACAAGGACGUGCUCCGUCUACUUCUACGUCUUCGAAUGCGAGUGCCCGAGUACUAUCGACGCCUUCCACAGCUGGCACUGCUUCAACAGUGGCGACAUCCACUGAUCUUUCGACGCCAGAAACCAACAGCGGCUCGUCAAUUCCGGCACAGAUUUGGCAGAGCCAACCAACUCCUACAGGGGCAGAGCCGUGGGCUCGACCGUUCAAACAAGCCGCCAUCGCCGAAGAGAUGGCGCAUAUGAAUGCAACUACCACAGCACAAUAUCAAGACCCUUCACUUCUAGGAUUCGGAACCGAUGGGCAACAUCCACCAUCCCAUCUUCCAAUAGGAGCGGAAUUUCAAGGCCUCUCUAACCUCGCGGAGCCAUCAGUGCCACGGAAGAACGUGUGGAAAAUCGACGUUGAGAAGUUUACCAGUGAACUGGUCAAUAGAGGGCAUUGCUUGGGAAGAACUCCUGGAUUCAAGCCGGAAGAUGUCGACGAGGCGUUUUGGGCGAGUGUUGUUAGCGUAGACGGUUUUUGA